GAGCAUAGUUCCACAUCCAAUUCUUUUCCGGGUUUUUAUUUCAAUACAGACGACUCCCAGUCUCCCGUCAGACAUCAUGGCACUUAGGGGACUACUUGGUCUAGUUUCCCUUAUAGUUGUCAUAGUUGCUGCCACAAUCAAUUAUGGUGGUACUCAACAGUGUCGGGUCAUUCCUGGAGACCAAUCAUGGCCUAACCUGACUGACUGGAAUGCCCUGAAUCAGACCGUACACGGAAAAUUGAUUGCUACGGUACCUAUCGCAGCCCCCUGUCACCACUCCCUAGGCGAUGCAGCCACCUUCAACCAGGACCAGUGCGAUGCCCUGCGCGACAAUUGGUUUUUCCCUACGACGCAUAUAGGAUCAGCAUCCUCGCCUAUGGCCUACCAAUUCACCAACGACAGCUGUAACCCUUUUUCCGACCCGGAAGUCCCAUGCACACUUGGAUAUAACGUCGCAUACACGAUCAAUGCGACUGAAGUUGCCGACUUUCAAGCCGCUCUUCAAUUUGUGAAAAGCCACAACAUCCGGCUUGUUAUUAGGAACACCGGACAUGAUUAUCUGGGGAGAUCGACGGGAGCUCACGCCCUUGCAGUAUGGACACACCACAUGAAAUCUCUCGAACUCAUUCCGGAGUACAAAGAUGACUCGAAAUACCAAGGUGCCGCAAUCAAAGUUGGCGCUGGUGUCGAGUUUCUCGAGCUUUACAACUUCGCAUCUGCCAAUGGUCUCAUAGUAAUGGGCGGCAACUGUCCGAAUGUGGGUCCAGCGGGAGGUUACACCCAAGGCGGAGGCAUUGGCAUAUUGUCGUCUAAGUUCGGUCUCGCUGCCGACAACGUGCUUUCUUGGGAAGUCGUCACCGCUGCUGGCGAUCAUGUUACAGCUAGCGCAAAUGAGAAUGCUGACCUAUAUUGGGCCUUACGUGGAGGCGGCGGUGGCACGUACGGUAUCGUCACCUCUAUGACCAUCAAGGCGUAUCCAGAUACCACUUUUUCGACUGUCUACAUGUCAGUCUUCAACGACGGAAGCAACACAGAUGCCAUUUACUCAGCUAUGGGGACUUUCCUACAGUCUUUACCCAAACUUGUCGACGCAGGUGCUUGGGUCGUAUGGGUUGCCGCACCUUUCGGGUUCUUAGUAAUGCCGGCGAUGGUCGCAGACGUGAAGGCGUCCGAGCUAGACACAUAUUUCCAAGCUACCAGGGAGAAGAUGGAUCAACUUGGACUUCAAUACCAAUACCAAUCCGCCGACUAUCCCGGUUUCCUUCAGGGCUACAAGUCUAUGACAUCGACCUGGAAUGUAUCGGAUCAUAACGUCGGUGGUCGAUUAAUUCCUCGCGAACUUGUGAAGGACCAGGAGAGCACCGAUGCUUUGGUAAAGGCUAUUCGAGCCAUUACUACGAAAACACUGAUGUCCGGCGUUGCCUUCAACGUUGCCAACAGCGUUUCGUCCCCCGACGAAGUCUCCGCCAACCCUUACUUCCGCAAAACCCUCUUCAGCGCCGUCCUUGGCACGCCGGUUAACUACACCGACGCCGUCUCAAACAAGGCAGCUCAGGAUGCUAUAACGCACACUUUCCUACCAGAACUAGAGGCAUUGACUCCCAAUGGAGGCGUAUAUAUGAACGAAGCCGACUUUCAAGCGGCGGAUUUCAAAACAACAUUUUACGGUGGAAACUAUGAGAAGCUAUUGGCUAUCAAGAAGAAAUAUGAUCCUGAUGAUAUAUUUUACGCGAAGACGGCGGUAGGCAGUGAUAGCUGGGAGCAGGGAGUAGAUGGGAGGCUAUGCACGAAAUGGGGUGCUCUUUGGGAGCAAUACAAGCCUGGUUUUCUCAGAUGAUGUACAGAUGGUUUGGGGGGAUACUUAAAUGUAUUGUUUUCGGUAUUUUUAUGAUGC